AUGGCGAAACUGGAAGAUGAUAGCACAAGCUGGGACACAACUCACACAAGCUUGGACCAGAAGGAAGUCCCCAGUCAUGAAAAUAACAUGGAGUCGACUCCUCUUCCUCCUCCUCCUCAUCACCUUCCAUGGCUUGUCCUCGAUUCUCGUCAUCCCUUCUACAUCCAAAACCAAUGUUUUCUCAGCGGUCGAGCUGUUCCCAAAAGUUUUGAAUCAAACUCCGAUGCGGCAAAUUACACCCGGAGCUGUGUUGGGUCGGUAGAGGGUUGGUUGAUCAUGGCGGAGAGAUUUAGAACAAUGUAUCCCGUUCUCGAGUUCAUUGAUCCAGUAUCCGAUGCCCUAGUCACUUUUCCAUCAAAACUACCAAUCAAGUCUGGCGGAAACUAUAAUUUCCUCAAAGUAGUAGCCUCUUCCGCCCCAACGGGGCCGCAGCGCUGCCUUGUGGCCGCCAUUGUGCCCGUCCGUAAUAACUCCGGCCACGAAGCACGUCGAGAGUUGGCCCUUUGUAGGCUCACUCAUGAAUCAUGGACCAUGAUUAAGUUUGCGGAGGUAAAUCACGAGUUCUUGAUCUGCGACAUAGAGGUCAUUGAUCGGAAAUUAUAUGCCGCAACCAAGAACUUGCUCAUGGUGUUUAACAUCAAAGACAUUGAUGGCUGUCACCUUAGCUAUAAGCUUGUAGAGACGGUUAAGCUCGAGAACGAUAAGCCAGUUAAUUGGGUUUAUGAUUAUUGGGGACUAGAUAAAGAUAGGUACGUGCAGAUAUUUGAAGAUGGACCUUACCUAGUAAAAGAUGUGACAUCAAAGGAGCUGUUCGUGAUUUUUCGAUACGUUUCGUUGUCGAGAUCGUUGCCCAUUACCUACUGCACUGAAGGAUUUCGGGUUCUGAAGCUGGAGAAUUGUAUUGCUAGUUCUAGCUUGGUAGAGGUUUCAGACCUUGGCGACCGGAGAUUGUUCCUAAGCAGGUUCAGCAACCAACUCAUCUCUUCCGGCAAUGGCGUUAAGGGUUCCGAUGAUAUGACGACACCAGAAGGAAACUGCAUCUGUUUUGCUUUCAAUUGGCCUCGUGUGAUGUUACCAGGGGGAGAUUUUGGGGUCUUUUCUUUGACAAAUAAGAGGGUUAUGCCUCUGAGGUUUCCCGAGGAUCAAUGUCCUGCUGAACUUUUCUUUGGAAGUACUGUGUGGUUCAACCCCUUUGCCUAA